CGCAGCUCUCUUUGCUGGACAUUACUUGCUUCGGAAAGUUCAUUCAAGCGGUGCCCUGCAGAAAGUAAACAGCAGAAUGGCAGCAGACAGCAACAUGGCUCCUGAAGAGAAACCGAACAAGACUCCUGUGAAAAGAGCAGUCCACAAGAUCCGAACUGCCAGCCUUGUCUUCAGCUUGGCGCGAGGCUGGCAGCAGUGGGCAAGUGACCACAAUGAAAAGCGAGCCCAAGAACCCUCUGGGUGGGUCCCCACAGCAGGAGAUGUAUCAGCUCAGCCAGUGCACGAAAGACGCUUUGAGAAAUGGCCAGUUCCAUCUACCAAGAGGGAUAAUGAAAAAUCCUCAUCAGAGGAAUCAGCAACAAGAGAUGCUGAAAAUAAAUCAAGAGAAUCUGAUGAAGCCCUUGAAAAGUUCAACAUUAAAAGCAAAGAGGUGCCAAAAACCGUUGUAAGUAAAGCCUAUGAACGAGCAAGUGAUGUUAACCUCCUCAGUGGCAGAUAUGAGAACAACCAUGGCAGCUCAGAGACAAUCAAGCUCAAAGAAGAAUUAAAUGGUAUUGACAAAAUUCUUAAUGGGAAAUUAUCUCCCACUAUAAGGAGAAAGUGUUCAAACAAAGUAUCAGACCUGAUCAAGGGCUAUAAAGAGGAGAACAAAUUAGGAACUAGGAAAGAAUUGCUGUUGAAGUGCCAUGAUGACAGCAUGGAUGCAGAAGACAGUGGCUAUGGGGAAGCGGAAGAUAGACUUGAGCCAGAGGACAACAGCGGAGAGGUGACUCCUGUGAAGAUUAAACAACCAUCUCUCAUGAGCAAGCACAGCGAAGAAAGCAGCAUCAAAGCUCAUAGGAAAUACAGUCCUGUUAGCAGUCUGAAGAACAGGUGGCAGGAAUGGGCAGAUCAGCACAUCAUAACUCAGAAGCUGAAUCCCUUCAGUGAAGAAUUUGACCACGAGCUGGCUAUGGCCACACGCCUGCACAAAGGAGAUGAAGGCUAUGGGAGGCCAAAGGAAGGCACCAAAACUGCUGAAAGGGCCAAGAGAGCAGAAGCCCACAUUCACAGGGAGAUAAGAGAUCUGUGUUUCAUCAUUGAAACCAUGGCUAAGCCACGGCGUGAUGGCAAGAUCCAAGUCACUUUUGGGGAACUCUUUGAGAGAUACGUCCGUAUUUCAGACAAGGUUGUUGGAAUCCUCAUGAGAGCCAGGAAACAUGGGCUGGUGGACUUUGAGGGAGAAAUGUUAUGGCAAGGAAGGGAUGACAACGUCAUAAUUACUUUAUUAAAAUAAGCAUGAUGCAAGAGCAAUGUGCCUUGGAAAAUCUCAUUUUCCCUUUGCUACUAGAUUUCACACAACUGGAAUUUAAGUUUUUUUUUUUUCUGUUUUUUUUUUUUUUUUCCAGACCUGGACAGAAAAGACAUUGAACAUUUUUCUAACUUUGAGCUUUGUAACUGUUGCAUGAUAAAUGUAAGCUUCUAAAUGGAAAUUUUCUACAUCAGGAGAGCUUGUCAGGACUCCUCAGUUAAUUACUGUACACAAAAUAAUUAAGAAGAACAAAGAAAAAAAAAAGCACAUGAACAUAGAAACUUGUAAUACAAAUGGUUACAAAUGAAUUCCAUUUUUUAACUUAUUCUUACAUUCAAGUUCCUCUCGACUAUUUAAACAGGGAAUAUAAACCACACCAGAUCAGAAGUGGAAUGACGAUCUAAACUCAGACCAAAUUUUUGAUCUUAUGUGUGUAUUUCCUAAUCUACUUAAAUGCAUGUAAAAAAGGUUUGUUUAUUUGUAUACAGUCAAGGAUGCCAGAUUUGUUACUUUUACAGACAAGCAAAUGCUACUACAGUGAGAACUACCAACAACUUUCACUUAGUUUCUGUGUUGCCUUAGACAAAUAUUUUAUAAGCAAGACUUUUUUUUAUUUAAUAUAUUUAUAUAAGUUAUUAAAUGUUUUCAUUUUUAGUUAUGUUUUAUUUUUGUGGCUUCUGGUCAUCAGCCAUGAAGCACAGAAUGUUAAGAAUAGCCAGAUAGAAAAUACCUCCUAUGCAAGAUAGCGCAAUGAAUCAUCUGAAUAAUUAUGUAAAUAUCUUCCUUGUAAAUAUGGAGGAAAAUAACACCGAAUGUAAAAGAAACAAUCAUGUAAUUGUAUUGAUGUUCACAGUGAACAAGGGAUUAUAUCUUCUACUGAAAUGUACUUCUAUGAUGCAGAAGCAGUGUUUUCCACACCUGAAUUCAACUGAAUUCAGGGGAGUGGUGUUGUGCAGUACCCAGAAACACCAGCCUAAUACUACAGUAUUUACUGCUUUAAUUCUUCUGAUAUUUCUGAAAUGAUGUAUUUCAGUAGCGGAUGCUGAUGAGAAAUAUAUCCCGAUGAAUGGAUACUCUAAUGUCUAAAUUGUAUUUGCUUUUUACACAAAACUGAGAACUCCAUAAGGUUCAUAUCGCUUAUUGGAUGGGAUGGAUCACAGCGUCACUGGACUACUACAGUGAAAAAACUAAGCAGGACAAACAAACCCCUAUGCUGUUAAAAACAUGCUUUCUAUGCAAAGCAUUUGUUACACAUCAAGAGGCCUGGACAAAUAAUUUGCAAAAUGAGAGUAAUUCUCCCGCCCUCAGAAGAUUCUGAAUGUUCAAAGUGAAAGAGCAAAUAUAUUCUUAAAGAAGGUUGUAUGAACACCCUGACUGUGUCAUAAAACAAACACUGCUAACAUAUCUUGAGACUACAGGUACUCCAGUUUAACCACCAAUAACAGUGAGUUAUAUAUUUUAAGAGCAAAUCAUGCAAGAACUGGUUACUAUGUGUUUAUUCUAAGUUGGCAUACAACAGUAUUUUAGGCACAGUUACGUGCUGUGAAUAUAAGGAAUAUAAAAACAUUUUCCUGGAAGAACUCAACAGCAUUUCUUUAGCAUUUAUAUUCUCUUGAGAUAUCUCAGACUACUCAAACAGGUCUGCAAAACUGACUUCAAAAUGUAAUAUAAAGAUAUUGGCACUGUUACCUUACUUACCCUUACAGUUUUUUAAGUUGCUUUGAGAAAGUCUGCUUGUCAGCAGAAUAUAUGAAUUAUAAAUAAAAUAUUUAUUUGGUUCCUUCUCCCAAAAACCAGAAAAGAAAUAUGUAUUUAUCUUCUCAGAAGUAAAACAGCAAUAGGUUAUUUUGAAGUACGAAUACCUUCUCCUGUUUAUGGGCCACUAAAGUAUUUUCCUAUCGAGCUUUCUCUGUCCAAAGCAUCAGGAGAUUUCAAGGAAAUGAAACAGUUGGCAUAUGAGAUACAUAUGAGUAUGUAUGAGUAACAGUUGGCAUAUGAGAAAGAAUACACCCCCAAGGCAGAACAGGUUGCCCAGAGGCUGAGGGGUCUCUUCCUUGGAGACCUUCAGAAGUGAUCUGUGCACAGGCCUGGGUGCCCAUCAACCUCACCUGUGUGAUUCUGUGAAAUGUUAAUUGAAUCACAUCAUCUCUGCUCACAAGAAAUUCCAUCCUAUUAUAAGACAACACAACAGAGACGAGAUUCAUCAUAAAUUCUUUUUUCAGUGUGAUCCUCAUGUGUAAUUUAAAGCCCAAGAGCACCUCAUCAUCAUUUGUGGAAUUAUAUGUUUGUUUUUUUUCAUUCAAUGCCCUUAGGCAGCAGGAAAACAUAUUUUUUGUACUGCAACCCAAGCAUGGCAUACCACCAGGUUCAUUUCAAAAUUGGUGUAUUUACAGCACAUAGUAACAUGUGCUUUGAUAUAAAGUCUAUACCCCACCUUCAGGGAAACAUCUGGAAUUAUCUGUUGUGCUGCUGAAGCAGGAAUCAGAAAGCUUAUCUUAUGUCUUAAGCCACCCAGCAUCCAUAUAAAACACCUUGCAGAUACUGUAAACUAGCUUUUCAUCAUUCCCACCUGUUCAGUAGGGAUAUAGAAGCUGGAGGGCCUCCUACAUUUCCUCUUGUUGAAGGCUGUUUUUAAACAAAGAAAUGUUAAAUAAAAGGAAGCAAUAAUUUCUAACAAUUUGCAUUCACAUAACAGCCACUUACAUAAAAGCCACCUCUGCUUUGCUGCAUCUCAACUGGCAAAAAGAGGCUGGGGCGACUGUAUCACAAGCAGGUGUGCCAAUGUGACCAUUAAGUACUCUUGCCCUAUACAGUGAAUUGAGACACACACUUGACAUGGACUCAAAGGACUUAUUUACAAUUGGAUUAAAAAAAAAAACACAACUUCUAAGUAAUAUGACUAAUAUUUACCCAACAGUGUUAAUGACAUAUGCAAGUGUUUUAUGUAUGUUAAGUGUUUCAUUAAGAAAUAUUCAUGUAAAUAUAGAGAUGUGACAAAUUUCUGUGCAAAUGAUCUGAAGAAAAUAAAGCUGAACUCAUAAAAAAAAAUAGUGGAUACUCCAUAAUUUUCCCAAUGUAACUCUCCCAAUAUAUUACAAUUGUUACUAGCAGGAUCUUUGCUGAAUUUAAGUAUUUGACAAUUUCUAGAUGGUAAGAUAGUAGUCAAACUGCCUGAUUAAUGUAGUCUCAGUAAAUGUUAUCUCAGUAUUAUUCUGUAACUCAGUAUUCUGAGAUACAUAAACAGUUUCCUAGCACAAUGUUCUUCAAAACAUAGCUCAACAUAUGUCAAAACUCAGCUCUUCACAACCAACAUUGCCUUGUGAAUCGAUAUUGCCUCAGAGGUCUUUACAGAAAUGCAGACUGAAAUUGUGUUGACAAUAUUACUCAGCUGAGUUAAUUGUAAAGCUCCAGAGGUCCCUUCUAACCCCUACAAUUCUGUCUGAUACUACUAGUACCCAUUUAUCUUUUGAUGUUACUAGAGAGAAGACAUUAACAAAGGCACAGAUUACUGAUAAAACAAAACCAGGUGCACUUAUAUUUUUGUUCCUCCUUUUCCACACUCCUGCAGCAUUUGGCCAGACAUUUUCUAAAUACUUAUUACACAUCAAAAGGGUAAGGGUAUGAUUAUUAGUGCUUAAGGGUAAACAACUGAAUUCUAUGUAUUCAGUGAUGUUAUGCAAGUAACAAUAACCUGCAUUUGUGCUUCUAAGUGCACUCCAACUUCUAAAUAAACCCCAACUCAAGUUUAUUUUUACAUAUAUUUAGAUUUAUUUGCUAUACAUCACUGUGACCUUAAGAGUAUUUAAAAUCCAUUACAGGAUUCUCUUUUUGCAAUAAUCAGUCUUAACUCCACAAAGACAAUAAUACUGCUGUGGAAGACCAAAGGGAGAAAAGCCAUUUUAGUUUAUUUACACCUCAUUAUUUUGUAAACAUUUAGUCUACACAUUGUACUAAGUUCUAAUAAGGCUAAAGAGCUAUACACAGAGACAGGAAACAAAGCCCUGUAUUUCUAUUCAUAUAGAGCAUUAGCAUAUUAUAAGAUGAACCAUCUGCCCUUUCUCAUUACCAUAGCAGUAAACUGUCUUCAAAUAAGUUUUUAAAACUUUCCAAAUAUCUAAAUAUUUUGAAAUAUACAACUACAUCUACUUAAGCCAAACUCAUUUGGCCUUUAUUCCAUUUCUAGAAUAAUUUAAAGUGCUAUAAGCAACCCGUCAAUCAACACUUUUCUAUAAUAACAAAACUACUUUAAACAUUAAUUUACAAGAUAAUAUACAAUGUUUAUCUGAAAUAGCUGAAAUUUCAGCACAAAGUCAGUCACUGUCACACUUAACAGCAAAUUUUUUCUUUUUUUUUUUUUUUUCUUUUUUGCCUUUUUUGCAGAACAUAGAAUAAAAGCUUUGAAACAAACAAUUUUGUUGAGCUGUUAUUGCCACAAUGGCUUAUCAAUUUUCCUACAAAAGUGGACAAGAGCUACUGGAACUGUGUACUAAUCUGUCAUUUUUCGAGGUCACAUGACAGUAAGUUUGCAUAUUCCACAAGUCUACUGAAUUACAAUAUUGUCUACCUAUAGUACAUUGUCUCAUUUUAAUCUGAGCUGGUGCUAACUGUAAAUGUACAACAUAGACCCACUCAAAAAAAACAUCACAAUUAUUUUUUCUUUGGACAGGAAUAAGCUAUAUUCUUGGAGUUGAUGUGCUACACGGCUACAACAGUAUAACAGUAUAUAUCUGACACUACGUUGAAAGAUGCAUUUGUUUCAUAAUCUUUGUACUUUAAUGCCCUACCGUAGCUACAAAUUGUCUUGAGUUUCACUUGCCUUAGCCUUUUUGUUUUGUGGAACUAUUACAUUCUUUAUAUUCCCUUGUUAUUUUGUAAAUCUUUGCCAUGUAGCUCAAUAUAGUCAGUAAUUGUCCCAAACCUGCAGAUCAUUAACAGCAUGUGCAAAAUGCUAAUACAGUCAUCAUGCAGCUAAAACACAUUGUUUAACUCACUUUGUUAAUGUGAAAAAACAAAAAACAAACAAAAAAUACAAAAAAAAAAAAUCAAGACAAGUGGCACUGCUGACUUUGGAUAUCUUUUAACUCAACCAUAAGUGUAUAGUAUGUGUAAAAGAAGGAAUGCUGGCUUCUCACCUGUGGCACCGUAACAACAAAUCCAUCGUUGGUCCAGAUCGAUCACUGCAGUAUUACUUCCAGGUACCCACACACAGCUUUCUACUUACAUAGCAUCACAGAGGGCAACUUCAUUCACAGAUAAAAUUUAAAUACAAAAAUAAUAGCCUAUAUUCAAUGAAGCAGCCCCCAGCAGGAUUACAGAAAGAUGUGUGGGGAAAACCUGGGAGGCAACUGCAAAAAGGAUUAUGAAGUUUUAUAGACUGGAAGGAUCAAAGUAACUGAUGUUCUUUUUUAGUCCACAGUUUGUAUAUUUUUCAGUUUUUAUAGCUUAGAAAUGUAAGACAGUGUACUAAAGACAAGGAAGCAUGAAAAAAAGUCCACUACAACAAAAUAACUAAAUGGCCAUGCUGAAAACUAAACUUAAAAAAAAAAAAA